AUGGGAGGAAAAUUUGGCUUCAUGUGCUGUCGGUUUGGUACUGUUUGGAUUGCCUUGAGCUGUCGACGGGCAAUUCCACCGAUUCCAUUCUGCGGCAGUCAAAUGGCGACCAUGGACGACGAGAAUGUGUUGCUUCAGCUUGCUGUCGAAGUGUACAGGUCCAUUCCGGAAUGGGGCACCCUCCACCUCGAUGCUGAAGAUGCUUUGAUCUCGGUUGGAAUGAAAGAAGAAGAUGCGCUGUCGGAAGCAAUGAAGGCCCGAUUCCAUUUAUUGGCAGUUGGUGCCCAUCAACGAUAUGGUUCAAUACUACAUGUCAACAGCUACGAUGAAAAUUGCAGGAGAGCGGUCUAUAUUGCUCAAAGAAUGAAAUACCGCACUGACAAUCGGAAGCAAGUACCCCUUGCUCAUGCUAUGCUAGCCGCAGGGUUUUCUAAGGAGCAAUCCGGUCCGGGGAAAGAGUACAUGCGAGUGUCCCGUGCGCUGAAAUCAGCUCCACCACUCUCUCCUACGCCUUUACAACCCAUUAACAAGCAGCUUCCACGUCUUCCGACCACCAACAACCAACAGCAACGCUGGGGUCCGCGUCCCCCUCCUCAAAUCAAUAUCCAUGCAACAGCUCGGAGGGAACCGAUGAUAUCGCCUCUGUCGGUGGCAUCCUCCGCCAAUGGCGAUGGUGGUAUUGUUCCUGUUGUGACAAUCAACGGUGAAGACAUCGAAAUUUUUAAUUCUCCCCCACUGUUUGGUAGUCCAGAGAUUCAUGUAUUUGGUGACGAGAAUUCCAUUGACACAACGGCGAGAAAUUUAUCAUUGAAACAGAUUCGAAAGCGGAGGCAGGCCAAUAUAAAAAGUGACAUCUCUCACUUGACAACAACAAAAGAUCCCCGGAGAACUACGCAUGCGGCUCAAGUGGAGCGGCAGACACAUCGAGAGUUGGACAACAUCCGUAAAUCCAUGUACAAGGCUGGCACAAUGUUGUACAAGUCCGUGCAAAUGAGAGAAAACACUCUCACAGUAUUCCAAACCGCUGAAGAUGUAGCAAGAGCUUUGAACAACCUCUCCGGAAUUGAUUGCAUUUCUGGAAGAGAGUUGACUACAGCUGUUCGAACGGGCAACGUCGGCAAAUCGCCUCCAAGACUUGGUCGGAAAGGCGAGGUUCCAGAAGACGUCUUCAAGGCAUUUUGUGAUCUUGUCUUUACUGCUUGUGCAAUCGAACAAGCUAAUUGCAGUAGUCGGUCCACAAGGGAGCAACUCAAGAGCUGUGUUGGUGAAAUCUUGAAUAGCAAAAGACAAACUGAUGGUCUGGAACCAAUGAAUGAUUCGAAGUUUUAUUCGAGGAUUGAAAAAGCAAUUUGUCAUCUACAAGAUCUCAACAAAGCUGACAGUAGGGAAUCCCUUCGUAUCCUCUGGCUCACGUAUCAGUCUCAGCUGUUGCACUACAAGAAAUGGGAAGAGGAAGCAGUUCGUCUCGGAUUCGCCCGUCCUCUUAAUCAAGAUGAAUCCUCGGAGGAAGUUGGGUUCAUUGUCUGGGAUGAACAACGUCUUAGUCAUGUGCUACAAUUCGAUGAAAUGAAUGUGGCUCUUGAUGGAGCCGACUCUUCGAUUGGUGGAAGAGAAUCGAAAGUCCCUACCGCAACGGGGAUUGGUUUAGCUGACGCUGGCACUGCGGCUGAAAAGUCAGGCGCAAAGAUGACUAUCAUGUUUGGCUUAAAUUUUGCUGGUGAAGCUCUGCCACCACUGCUCCUCUUUCCCAGCCACGCAAAGAAUCCAGCUAACUAUAAACUGAAAGCGGAUUUCGCAAAGUGUCUGCCACAAGUGGAGGCAAUCUAUGGCUUCGAUAAACCAAGGGCACACAACAUUCCUUUUGCUAUGAAUCCCAAGGGGAGCAUGACAAAGGAAAUGCUUAACGAUUUCUUUGAACGAUGCGUUCUUCCUCUCUACCCAGAUUGUGCCGAUACCAAGGAGUCAUCGUUGCUCAUCAAAGUGAACUCUGGACCAGGCCGGCUCAAUCCUCCGAUGCUCAGAUUGUUGCGAUCCAGAGGAGCUCAUCUAUACCCCGGAAUGCCAAAUGGAACAGAGGUUGGCCAAGAGUGUGAUCAAGUCUUCAGUUAUCUUAAGAAGCUGGUCUACGAAAAUAGACAACGCCUUUGGCAAGCACGAUUUCGCUUGGAGGGAGAGUCGGCAUCGUUAUCGAUGUCGGACGUGACAUCAUUGGUCUUUGGAGGGAGUGUGACGAUGAUUGAUGGAAGCUCUAUUGAGCUAGAGAAUGCGUUCACUAAAGCACUGGAUAAAGACCACAUUCACGAGGCAAUGGAUAAAUGUGGCUACUGUCCAAGCACUCGACAAGCUUUGAAAGCAACACAGAUCCGACACGAAAUCGUUGAGAGCGAAGCCGCACGCAAGAUUUUGCUAGAAGGGAAAGACGCCAAAGAUCUUCGGAAACCGGAGCUUGCAAUGUUGAUACAGUGGAAGCAAGGAGCGAAUCCAGCCGCUCCAAACAAUGAGAAGAUCAAAGUCAACAAGCCGGUGCUGUUGAAGCUGUGGAAUGAGAAAUACUCGGCAAUGCAAGCUCCGGACGAUGGUGAUUGGACAGAACAAGACGAGGAGAGGCUCGAUCAGCUAAGAACUGGAGACAUCACGUGCUUUUCAAAAGACGUUGGAUUGGAGCGAUGCAUGGAAACCGAAGACGAUUAUCUUGCGACACGGCUACUUGCUAUUGCAUCUGAUCGGAGGGAAAGCAUCCUGCUAAACGUUCUGCACAAGAUGAAAACGGAAGAGGCAGAGGCGAUUAUAUCGAGUCUUUGA